AUGAAGCACUUUCCAUAUGCGAUUCCUAAUUCUCCCGAAUCAAAAUAUUAUGUUCAAUUAUUAGUAGAUUUUCCACCUCUCAAUUGUAUGUAUGGAACAUAUUGGAAAUAUGGUGGAAAUACAUUUAAUUCAUUUCCUUCACAUUGGCGUAAUGGAAGUUCAUAUGAAAUAAAAAAUUAUAUGAAAUUUAAUUAUGAAAUGAUCCACUCAAGUAAUUCUUCUGUAAAUGAAGAUUAUUGGUAUUCAAAUGUAACAUGUCAAACUGAUAGUGGAAAAAGUUAUCCAUGUGAAGAAAUUUAUUUUGAAAAAAAUACUCAAACUCCUCUUCGAUCAACUCGAGUUGCACGUGGAGGAUGGGAUGUAAGACAGUUCACAACAUAUUAUAAAGUCAUAUCAGUAGGAAAACCAGAUGACAAAUUAUUCGAUUCAAUACCACAAGGUUGGUAUGUUGCUUGUCGUGAUGUUAUGCUUGGACUUUUAUAUUAUCCACAAACAUCAAAAAUAGAUUUAAAUCAAAGUGUAAAAGUUCAAGUUUGGCUUAUAACUCCACCACAUCGAAUUAAUGGAAAUGAUACUGUUCAUAUUCAAUGGAAAACAACGGAAUGUAACGAUUGUUUUACAUGGACACCUAAACAACUUUCUUUUAACAGCGAAAAUUUUCAAGAAAGACAAACAUUAACAAUAACUCGUGUUAAAAAUGGUCCCAAAACAACGCUGAUUCCAAUUUUUAAUGGUGGAGGUUUCGAUCUUGUUACACCGGAUAAUUAUCCUAUUUUUAUUGAAUAA